UUAAGAUAUUUUAAAAUAAACAGUGGACCCAGCGACAGAUAGUACAUGUGACUUCGUAACAAAGCAAUCAGUGUAGCAUGUUGUCUAAGUAUUUACUGAAAUACGUUUUCCGGAUCUUUCCUGUUAUUUCUACGAAUUGCAUACAGAAAUAAUAUUCAUAGAAUGUGGCUUGAACAUUGGGGAAAAUCUACUCAUCUGGCAGUAUUUCAAUCUUCUCGACAUAAAAUGUUGGGUAAUUAGGACUACAGCGCCCUCUCCUAUCCCUGGAUUGGGUUACAUUAUCAGAGACCUAUCUCGCGCCGGUUCCGCGGUGUCCUGAUCAUUGCAGCCUGCCAUUCAGAUCUUAACAGGGAAAUUAAGUCAAUCUUGAUGCUAUCAUGUGGAUAGAUCAGAUUAGCAUGACCGUUGUCGACCUACUCUAGAUUUGACACUGAUUUGUUUAUGUCAUAGUUGUAUCUUUGCCUACACAAUACAUUGAGACCAGAAUUGCUAGUGUACUGUUACAUUUUUACCUUUCCUCUAUAUCCUGUUUUUCAUGGGCCAAAAUAGUGUAGGCCUACCAUCCAAAUUAAUAAUUUAACCCUGAUAUUAAAUAUUAUUUUCUCAGACCAGCAGUAACAACCUGCCCAUGUUCCACUACCAAGAGGGGACAGAUGACCAGGGGAGCAGGGCUCAGCUGGUGUUGGGGAAGACUUGUCCCUGGUUAAGGCCACCCUGCACCUAGUAGAGUCUCAGUCUCUCCCCCUGAUCCUCUGGAAGUGUUCCACCCGCUACAAGACAGAGCUCUGCAGCCGCUAUGCUGAGUUGGGCUUCUGCAUGCACGCAAAGCACUGCCAGUUUGCCCAUCUGUGAUGGCGGCCUGGUAUCCCGGAGUCUCCAGGCUGAGGAUAAGGCCCCCAUUGCCGGGCCCACACACUCAGGACUGGAGGCCCUGUGGGGCCCUGUGCUGCACCUUUUGGCUUCGGCCUCUUUGGCACCCGCUGCCGCAUCCAGCACAACCUUCCCAGCAACAUCAGAGGCUCUGACUCCACCACUCAGGGGGGGUGUCUACACUCAGCUGUUCGGUGGGAGAGCCCUGUCCACAGCCUCGGACAUGUUUUCCUCUUGCUCAUCCAAAUUCCCCUCCCCCCAUCCCAUCUGGACUACCCUUCCCAGUCUGGCCAGACUCGUCGUCUUCCCUGACCACCCUGCUGAACGAACCUGUGGCCCAUCAUGUAUUCACCUUCUCCUGCCAGCUGAACGAUCUGCUGCUGGCUUUGGCCCUCAAGCUCCAGCGGCUAGAGAACAGCCAGACCAUGUCUGCUUCCUGCACCAUGCAGGAUGUGUGGGAGAACAAGCCAUGGUCACUGUAGUCAAAACCACAGUAUUUCUGUUGUAAAGUAUAGUGUAUAUAGUGAUUUCCUAUGAGUUUGGAAGCCAUGUGUGCUAUGUAUUUUCAUUGAGGGGGGUGGGCUGGGUGUCGGUUUUGGUGUUCCAUGUGUUAAUCUACCAUGAGAUGUUGGCACUGUCCUGCACUACAUUUGUAUAGCCUCCAUGGAUUUUUGACUAGCCCAUCUCUUUAUGUAAAUUUGAUCUUUAACUAUUUGAAUCAGUUGUCAAUGUUAGAUUCAUGAAUGUCAUGUCUAAUUUAAGUUUUUCACUUAUAUUAUUGUGUAUUGUGAUUUAUUAUUCUGCCGCAAAGUAAGCUUCUUUUUUUGUAAAUGCACGUUCUGUCACUGAACUAGCCGGAACUUCUCACUGCUCAAUUAACUGUUAUUUUUUUAUUUCUUUGGUCUGCGUAGGCUUUCUACCUAUUCGGGUUUAUUUGGCCAUCAGGCUUUACUUUAGAUUUGUUGCAUAAACCAUGUUCUCCAAUGGCAACUUUUCUAUCAAUGUGCUUGACCAUUUUGGGACGCAACCCUCAGGCUUGUGUGGAUUCGAAUGCACUCCUUUUACUAAAGACAUUAUUUUAUCUUCCUGGCUCUGCUGUUGCAGAUGGAAAACGUUUGUUUUCCUCUGAAACUUGGCAUUCAACCAAGUCUCUCUGGAUAAGCACAUCUAAAUGAAAAUGUAAUGUAAAUGUAUAAUUGCAUAGGCUCACGCAUCUAUCAAGACUAGUAUAGGACUUACAAUGACUAUUUGGGCAAUUCAAACAGACUGCUUGAUUCGAAAAUGUGUUUAGGCCCCGUAUGGAUGAUGGUACGCAAUUGCGGCGCCCCGGGAUAGCAGGUGCCAAAUUGAGCUCAUUAUUGCUGUGAGCCUCUAUUUUUGUAAAGAUGUGGAUGGCUCUGUAUUGAUAGGAUAAUACAGGACCUCCUGUCAACCUAACGGCACCCACCUCUUGAUAACUUCCUUCACAACAGCGCUGCUCAGCGGCGCGUAAGAAGUGUGAAUGCUCUGACUUCUGCAGAGUCCAUAUCAUCCUUAAUACUGCACAGCCAAUGCAGACCUGGCCCUGCGUCGUUAGGGUUUGGCAGGGGUACAGUCCAGUUGGUGGAAGUACUACCUUAAAAUUGGCUGCCAACCGCCAUAAAAAAAAUGUUUUAUAAAAUCCACAGAAGAAUUAAGUAGCGGUUGUGGGAGUGACGCACAUUUGAGUGACAUCGAAUUGGACCAAUCUUUGGAAGGCUGGCUUUCCGGAAAAUGUCGGCGCACCCGAGUGAGGUUCCUGUGUGCUGUUUAGAGCGAUAACCUUGCAAAUUCAUACUGUCCAGUUGCACCAGUUGGUCUCUCUCCUCAGAUCUGCGGGUCUACCGGGACGCUGCCGUGAGCAUGGAGGAGAGGCGCUUCGCUGAAGUCCCCAGAGAGUCUGUCAAACUCAUGGCUGAGAGUGCGGGAGUGGAACUCAGCGACGAUGUGGCUGCAUUGUUGGCUGAAGAUGUCUGCUACCGGCUUAGGGAAGCCACACAGAGCAGCUCUCAGUUCAUGAGACAUGCCAAGAGGAGGAAGCUGACAGUAGAGGACUUCAACAGAGCACUGCGCUGGAGCAAUGUGGAGGCCAUAGCUGGCUACGGUGCGCAAGAUGCCCUACCUUUCCGACCGAUCAAGGAGGGCGAGCUAUUCUUUGUGGAUGACCGUGAUGUCAACCUGGUUGAACUUGCCCUGGCCACCAACAUACCCAAGGGCUGUGCAGAGACCAUGGUGCGAGUGAACGUGUCUUAUCUGGAUGGGAAAGGCAACCUGGAGCCUCAAGGUACAGUUCCCAGUGCUGUACAAACUCUCUCGGAGGAUCUGCUCAAGUACUACCAGCAGAUCACCCGGGCCAUACUAGGAGAGGACCCACACCUUAUGAAGGUGGCUUUGCUGGAUCUCCAGUCCAACUCCAAGAUUGCUGCCCUCCUGCCAUAUUUUGUAUAUGUCAUCAGUGGGGUGAAGUCUGUGAGCCACGACCUAGAGCAGCUGAACCGUCUGCUGCACAUGGUGAAGAGUCUGGUGCAGAAUCCCUACCUGUACCUUGGCUCCUACGUGCGUAGCCUGGUGUCCAGCGUCAUGUACUGCAUCCUGGAGCCGCUGGCCGCCUCCAUCAACCCCCUCAACGACCACUGGACCUUAAGGGACUAUGCAGCACUUCUGCUCAGCCACAUCUUCUGGACCCAUGGAGACCUGGUCAGUGGUCUGUACCAUCAGAUUCUGCUGUCUCUGCAGAAGGUUCUGUCAGACCCGGUCCGCCCGCUGUGUUCUCACUAUGGAGCUGUCGUGGGGCUACACGCACUCGGGUGGAAGGCUGUUGAGCGGGUGUUAUAUCCGCACCUGCCAGCCUACUGGGCUAACCUGCAAGCUGUCCUGGAUGAUUACUCCGUCUCCAACGCCCAGGUGAAAGCAGACGGACACAAGGUCUACGGAGCCAUCCUGGUGGCGGUGGAGCGCCUGCUGAAGAUGAAAGCCCUGUCUCUGUCCCAGCCAGCGGAGGGGAUCAGCAGCGCCCAGCCGGGCUCUGGGGGCGUGAUGGGUUUCAGGGUGAGUUCCCCCGGGCUCAGCCCCCCUCCAGAGCCCCUCUCCGAGGCCGCCUUGGGCAUCGCCAGCCAUCUGCAGGGACCUGGGGGGGCUGGCACCCCCUGGGAUGACUGGACCCCCGUCCCACUGCCCGCCAUGUACUGUGAGCUCUACUCCUUCUUCGGUGACAGCCUGGCGGUACGCUUCAGCACGGGCCCCAGCUUGGGAGGUUGCCCCCCGUCAGCCCCCUCCCAGCCCCCUGAUACGAGGAAGGAGCCCCCUGGUCCCGCUGCUAACCCAGACACCACACGCAAGAUGCCUCAGCUCACUGCUAACCUCAACAUCAGCCCCCGGCAAGACGGGAGCCCUCGCACUGAGCCCGCCCCACCUAGUCUAGCUGCCACUGCUCCAGGAAGGUCCCUGGCUCGCUCUUCCUCCUCAUCCUCCAUCCAGCGCAGAAACUCCUCCUCUCGGCCGGGACAGCGCUCAGCGGGUCCAUCCCGCGACGUGUUCACCAAGGCCCGUUUCCCCCCUCCUCAGACCGGACCCCCCACAUUCUCCUUCCUCAUCGGGGGACGUCAGAUGGGCCGGCGCUGCCAGGGUCGCCGCUUCCAGACCAGCUUCAGCUCUCCCCCACCCCUGUCCACCGUACCGCCCCGUGCCUACGCCCACAAGCUGCCCGUCAUCGGGAGGGUUGGCAAACCGGUGCGCCGCUGGACCUGCUCCCACUACUCCCUGCACCUGCCCCUCUGAGAGAGAGAAAAGUGAGACUAUGGUUGGGGGUCAAGCCCUUGGAACAGGCUGAGGCUACCUCACUGCUCAGUAGUGCAGGUGGAGUUCCCUAAAUCCUCCCUCCCUAUUCAGCCUAUGACAUAAGAGGUAGACUAGGACUAGAGGAUAGGCACAUUAGGUGGGAGGGACCCUACUGGAGUCGCAUAAGAGACACUGACUCAUGUACACAUUGUUCUAGAGCUCCGAUUUUUCCAACCUGAAAAUCACUGACGUCAUGAUUUGACCUCAUUUGUUCUUGAGUUCCCAGUUGUCUUGAAUGCACCAUAAGGACGCUACUAGUUUGACAACUUCAGACUAACGGGCCUGGGGUGUGUUGAAUAGUGGAAUCCAUGGGUAUGGAAGGAGUAUUCGCACCGAGCUGAGAGCUUGACACCGUCUUAAAACAUGGACAAUAUAUUUUCUACCAUGUACCUGAGUAAUUUUACCUACAUGUAUAUGGACGAUGGCCAAUAUCCUAAAAUAAAUAUCCUUACAAUAUUA